AUGCAAUCGGCGAAACAGAAGAUAAGUGAUAUGGCUAGUGCAGCCAAGGAGAAGAUGGUUAUAUGUCAAGCAAAAGCUGAUGAGAAGGCAGAGAAGGCGAUGGCACGGACGAAAGAGGAGAAAGAGAUAGCGCACGAGCGGAGAAAGGCAAAGGAAGCGGAGGCUAAGAGGGAUCUGCACGUGGCUAAAGCGGCUCAUGCAGAAGAUAAGCUUAUGGCUAAGCAAUCUCACUACCACGUCUCUCAUGGUCACAUGCCUCACCACGCGCCUAUGCCAGCUCCAGCACCGGUCAUGGGACAUGGUUACGGGCGUAAUCCUCCUCCCGGAGUUGCCUAUGUGCCUCCGGCGGCUUAUCCACCGGCUUAUCCUCCGACCACGACCACGACAGGACAUCAUCAUCACCCUUAUGGAAACGUUUAA